GCCGGGGGCGGAGCGCGGGCGGCCGGCGGCUACGGCUCGGCCCCCGGCUCCCGGCGCCCGGCUCCUGCUCUGGGCCCUGCACCUGUGACCGCCGGCCACGCUCGCCUUCUGCGCCCGGCGCCCGCAGCCCCAUGGCCCCGUCCCGCCUGCAGCUCGGCCUCCGCGCCGCCUACUCCGGCCUCAGCUCCGUGGCCGGCUUCUCCAUCUUCCUCGUCUGGACGGUGGUCUACAGACAGCCGGGGACCGCGGCCAUGGGGGGGCUCGCAGGUGUGCUAGCGCUGUGGGUCCUGGUGACGCACGUGAUGUACAUGCAGGAUUACUGGAGGACGUGGCUCAAGGGGCUGCGUGGCUUCUUCUUCGUGGGCGUCCUCUUCUCGGCCGUCUCUGUCGCCACUUUCUGCACCUUCCUUGUGCUGGCCGUCACCGGACACCAGAGCCUCACAGACCCCAACAGCUACUACCUCUCCUGUGUGUGGAGCUUCAUCUCCUUCAAGUGGGCCUUCCUGCUCAGCCUCUAUGCCCACCGCUACCGGGCUGACUUUGCCGACAUCAGCAUCCUCAGCGAUUUCUGACCUGAGCGAUGAGGUCUCCGCACCCUGGUGGUCCUCAGGACCUGGACUCAGCCUCUGAGACAUCAGGCGGGCCUGUACACCCCCUGGGAACCCCAGAACCGGGGCAGAAAGUAUACAGCAGGAGGACGGUGGUCUCCCUGGGAGCUGUCCUGUCCCCUUGGGGGGAACCCUGGGUGCCGUGGAAAGGGGUCCUGCCAUGUUGCUCAUCAGCGUGAAUGGAGGGUAGCUUUAGACCUUUUCAAGUGCAUCUAUUUUCUUAGCACUCAGUGGGCAAUCUUUCUAAGUAGGCCAGGGCAACAGGCAAGGGGUAGGGCAGUGGGGCCUUGACCUGUGCCUGGGGGCAGGGGUCCCUGCUGCCCUAGACACUCUCCCUCAGGUGGGACGGGACCCUGGGGAGGUCAGGUCAGGUAAGGGAUCUCUAGUAGAGACUUCUCAGCCCCUUAUCCCAGCACCCGCAUCUUGUUGUCCCCCAAGAGUCAGGUAGCUGAACUCAUUGGUCCCAGGGAUGGUAACACUUGCUUCUCUUUUCCCAAGGCCUGGGGACCCGAGGGGAGUUCAGUGUCCCUCUUUCCACCCACCCUGUUCCUCGCAGAGGUGGUUCCCAUGAGUAUGCUAGAGCCGUCCUCCCCUUCACCACACACCCCAGAGCAGGACGCCCCAAAUGAGGCCAGACUAAGGGUCUUGGGGAAGGUGCUUCUGCCCCCCGAAGGGCUUUGGGGAAGGGGGCAGCACGGGGUGGGCUAGAAGGAACCCUCAAACCUGUGCCAGGCACCUCCAGCCCAGCAUUUCCAUUUGGCCUUCUCAUGCCUGCCCCUCAUGGCACCCAGAUUGCCCCUGGCCCCGAGAUGCCUCCCCCACUCCUGCCCUUGCCCUUCACCCAGAGCUUUUCUCUUUUAAAAUCUCCCUUCUGAAGGACAAAAUCUGCUUUACUGCCUAUACACUGGCCCAAGGGCUCACCUAACUCGGAAGGGAAGGGCUCCAUCCAUCUUUUUGUCUUAGGUUGUCAUUUCGCACGGUCUACCCCUUUCCCACCUGAUGUGUCCUGCCCCUCAGCUCUUUGCCUUAUCUGUGUCACUGUCACUUUAGCAGAAAUACAGCAGCCAUUUGUAUCA